UCCAAGGAAAGCGACCAGUAAAACGCACCCAACCAAAGAAACCAGCCAUGAAUUGUAUAGAUUAGAAUAAAACAGUUGUCAAUAAAAAUAAAUAAACAAAAAAUAAUGCUGAUAGUAAUAAUUAUUAAGUAUUAAGUGUCGAUAAGUUUUUAGUUAUUUUUUAUUACGUAACAUAAACAUAUAAUGGAGAGUAAGAAGGAAUUGAGAUAUAACGUUGACAAUAUUGGAAUAUUUUCUAGUUCAAACUCGCGUAAGAAUAGCAGCCAAUCAACAGUUCCGUUGACAAUUCCUUGUCCUGGACGUACACAGGGUGAUGGUAUGGAGAAUGUGUCAAAUAUUCCGUCAGAUACUGAAAAAAUAUCAGGAAAAAAAAUAAAUCUACGUGAUAAAUUAAUUUAUCAUCCGUCUAAUCUGAAGCAGCAGUCAUCGUGUCCACCAGUGACACCAACUGGUACCAUUGUUAGAUUAAUACCAAAAAAUGUAACUCAUACAAAGAAAGAAAAGCUACUGAGCUCGUUAAAAAAAUCAAAAGAGCCUAAAUUUGUACCCUACGAACCCUACAAGGCUGCUGUUAAUCCAAUAGUUCCUGAUGAACGUAAAUUUAUCCGUGGGUCUCGUAAUAAUCUUGAUAUUAAUGAGAUGGUUGCUCAAAUGGCGUUACACAAGUCAAUAGAGUUUAAAAAAAAUGAUAAUCAUAAAAAUGCUGACAGUAAAGAGGACAGAGAGCUCAAGCAGUGGGAAUGUGAUAAGAAAGCUUACGAAUUAGAAUUACAGAAGCUCAGAGAAGAGAACAUUCAACUGGAAAAUCAGCUCAAGUUCCAGGCGCAAGUCAAUGGUGAGUUAAAAAAUUUAUUGGUCGCGGCCGUUGGCGAAGAUCUCGAGACCAAAGUUCAUAUUCUCACUGAAGACAAACUCCAGCUGUCUCAGGCUCUGCUUAACUCUGCGAGACACCUGAAUACACAUCAAGAGCAGACCGAGUGGUUGGCAGGACAGUGCGAAGUAUGGAGAAGCAAAUUCUUGGCCAGCAGUCUCAUGGUCGAGGAGUUGGCUCGUUGGAAAGCUGGACUCUGUCAAAGAACUACCGACUUGCAAGAAUCUAUCAAAAGACUGCUUGAAGAACGUAUCAGAGUACGGGAGACUUUGAUGAAAACUUACAAGACACUCAGCGUUCUCAGAGAGAAUUUUGAUCCAAUAGGUACGCUCACAUAUAGGAGGCACGAGCUUCCCAGCAGUAAUAUCCUUGACUUGGCUGACGGCUGCUGCCAGGUCGCUGAAAUUUUAAAUGUCCAACUGCUCAGUGGCAUGGACCCUGUGAGAAAGAUCAAGCAGGUGGAUACAACAGGUCUCGAAAUGAAAACCGUCGCUGAAAAAAAUGCCGAGCAGCUCCUGAUGAAUCCGAAUUUAAUCAUGUCCGGGCGACAAGAUGCUGCUUGCAGCGCGGUUAUGGGAGCAGCUUUCGCGCUUUCUGGUAAAAUGUGUCUUCCAUCCUUGAUGAUUGACGGCAGUAUGGCUUGUUGUCCACAUUGCAGUGGAGAAAUAAAACAGGUUUAAUAAUUAA